AUGGCCGCGCGUCGAGCCGCGCGCCGCUGCUUGUGCCUCGCGUGCCUCGCUGAUGCCGCUGUGGCCGCCGUGCGAGACAAGCCGUGCGGCAACGGCGUGAAGUUCGGCCGCGGCGCGACAUCCUAUGAAGACCUAGGGUGGCAGCGGCUCCCAGAAGGCCGGGCCCGUUUGACCUUCCUCGCCAUCGCGAAAAGCUCGACGCGCCACACGCACGAGAUCCUCAAGAAGGCCGAUCCCACGGUACACAGCCACCACCUGCAUCCGCUGUCGCGGGCCGACGGCGGGUCCAUCGGCCGCCCCGCACUUCACCACGUCGGGUGCGGCGGGAACGCGACGCUCGUCGCGGCCUGGGCCGCGCUCUUCCGCGCGCCGCGCCUCGUGCUCGCCGUCGUCCGCGAGCCGAUCGCGCGGCUCCUGAGCGAGUACUCGUUCAACCAGAAGUUGCACGACGGGCUCCGGCGCGAGGCGCGGCCCCUCGCGCCGAAUUCCACGUUCGUCGCCGCGGCGACGCGCCACGCGUUCCUCGACGAGCGGCGCAACUGGCAGACGGC